UGGAAAGCAAGUUGUCUUCCUUGAAGGCGGUGCUUGCUAGCUGCCGGUGUGAAGGGCUCUUCUUGUUGUUGAUGUUUGUGGGGAGGAAAGUUCCUGAAAAGUACAAGAAACAGUUUCUAAAAUGGGGACCCGGGAUGACGAAUACGACUACUUAUUCAAAGUCGUUCUAAUCGGAGACUCUGGAGUGGGGAAGAGUAACCUGCUGUCCCGCUUCACCAGAAAUGAGUUCAACCUGGAGAGCAAGAGCACCAUCGGGGUGGAGUUCGCCACCCGCAGCAUCCAGGUGGACGGCAAGACCAUCAAGGCCCAGAUCUGGGACACGGCGGGACAGGAACGCUACAGAGCCAUCACCUCAGCGUAUUACCGGGGUGCAGUCGGCGCUCUCCUAGUUUAUGACAUCGCCAAACACCUGACCUAUGAGAACGUUGAGCGCUGGCUGAAGGAGCUCAGGGACCACGCUGACAACAACAUCGUCAUCAUGCUGGUUGGAAACAAGAGCGACCUUCGUCACCUCAGGGCCGUGCCAACUGAUGAGGCUCGAGCUUUCUCAGAGAAGAACACUCUGUCGUUCAUUGAAACCUCGGCGUUGGACUCCACUAAUGUAGAAGAAGCGUUCAAAAACAUUCUCACAGAAAUCUACCGCAUCGUCUCUCAGAAGCAAAUAUCGGACAGAUCUGGACACGACGAGUCUCCAGGAAACAACGUAGUGGACAUUAGCCUCCCCCCGACCACGGACGGGCAGAAGGGCAAACUCCCCUGCUGCCAAAGCCUGUGACGCCCUCAUGUCCACUUCCUGUUUGACUUUCUGUCACUCUUUCCUCUCUUCUUCCCCUCUUGUUAACUUCAGCUGUCAUGCAGCCGUCGUCAUGAAACCCUCACGGGUUCUGAAGUCUCCGACACUCCUGUAUUUGACAUUCCUUUUGCUCUUCUUCUUUGUUUGUUUGCUUAAGGGCCUCACGUUAGCUCUGAGAGAGGGGAAGUUUCUGCUAUUCUGAAGUUGACCCUAAAGCCGUAGUAAAUGUUUUUUUAAAGGAAGUCGCUCUUACGGUCCCUUUGACCCGCUCCUCCUGAAGGAAUGGCGAGGGAUCAGUAGGCGUGUGCGUCAGUGCGCACAGUUUUUAUUCCUCUCUUUUUUUCAGCUCCACUGAAACAGACUUUCUGUCACGAUCUGCUGCAGCAGUGUGAGUCCCAAUUUCAUGUGUGGUCGUCCUGAUUCUGCCUAUCACGCACCGCGAGGAGAAGGCACCACCGGGGUAUCAAUGUGUACUCUGGUCUGGAGUUUCUGUUUGCGUCUUCAGUUUUAAAUUUUCCUGUGUGAGCCCUGGGACCACUGUGGCGUGAAAUAAACAUGAGCCACAGGGACCCGAUCGACGGUGAGACUGAAUACGAGGGAAACAGAUAAAGGGUUUUAUUAGAGAGUGAGUGAGUGUGUCUGUGUGCGACUGUUUGUGUGUGUGUGUGUGUGUGUGUAUGUGUGUGUUGAUCUCGGUGAACAGAAAAUACCAAAGGAGACGGAUGCAAUUGUCCUCACUUUCAUUGAAGCGUAUUCUCGGCUGCUAAGGUUGCAUUUCAUCGCUGUAUUUGCAGAACUAAUCAGGGCUGUUUACAUAAAAAGUUUCAAAGCUGUACGGAAAUGUUUUAAACAUGAUGUGCUUUUUUUAUUUUAUUUGUGAAGUUAAAGUAACAGUCUGGAUCGAGAUCCGGUUCCUCUUCUGCACUUGUGUCCGACAAUUUCAAAUCAAAUGAUUAAAAAAACACUCGACUUCUUAAUUGAGUCACGCAUCCCUGUUGGUCUGAAAACAGAAAUGUAAGUAAUGUGUUGAUUUCUUUGUCUUAAGCUUCCUCAUGUACUCAAACAACCUUUGCUGUUUGAAGUGUUUGAAUGUGAAAUCUGUUAAAGGGAAAAAAAGAUAAAGAUGUUUGUAAUCAUU